AUGGAAGGUCCCCAAAUUAUUAAUUUGUUAUUAACCGGGACUAACCACUAUGAAAUACUAGAAAACGUGAAUCUUAUGCUAUUAGAUCCACAAUCUGCUCAAAUUGCGUUCAGGAAUUGCCAACCUGAGGCAAUUUUUACAAUUUUAUAUCAAAACAUAUCAUCAAAAGUAUACAAUGACAAUUGUGUUCAACUAGCAAUCCGAAUUAUUUCAAAUGUAAUUCAAAAUUUAACAUCUUCGAUAUCGUUUUUUAAGGAUUCAUCACAUAUAAUUGAUACCAUUAAUUUAUUUCUAGAAACAAAAUCUUCUGAGCUUAGAAUCGAUAUAGCACAAAUAUUAGAAAUCAUAUCUAUCCGAAUUCCAUAUGCUUUAUGCUCGCUUGCUCAAAGAUAUUUACAAACAUUUGUAGAGCAACUAAUGACACCAGAUGAAAACCUAGUUCAUAAGUCAAUUACUCGAGUUAUCAAAAAUAUUUUAAAUUUUAAUCAAUAUUCAUUAAAUUUCAGUGAUAGUACGUUUAUAUUGCUUGUUAAUUAUACAAACCAAAACAUAGAAGGCGAAGUAAGAGCGAAUUUAGUUUCAAUCUUAAAAAUAAUUGCAAAAAAGGAUAGAUUCACAACAGAAUCAUAUAACAAACUAAUUUACAUGAUCAGAAAAACUAAUGAUUCAUUACUUAUUCAAAAUAUGAUCAAAUAUUUAAAAUACCAGCUUAAAAUCAACCAAGAACAAUUUAUUAAUAUCAAAUUCCCAUAUAAAGAGUUACUGAUAGAUAAUGCGAUGUUAAGUAAAUCAUCAGAUAUUCAAAAAUCCGUAAUUCAAUUUAUUAAUUGGAUUUUAGAAAUUCCUCUAGACAAAUUAAGCACAAUAAAUGACAAAAUACGUGAAAUACAAAAUGUUCUUAUGCAUGUUCUUUGCUACAACCCUUUACAUCCUUUAAUAACUUUUAAAACUUUAGGAAUGACCCUUCAAAUAAGACUUUUAGAUAUAUCAAAAGAGUUCAUUGCUGCUCUUUAUAACUAUUCCAACUAUAUUCCUUAUUGUGGCUUCGUUGCUUACAUAUGUCAUUGGUGUUACACGAAUCCAGAGAUUUAUUAUAGUUGUAUUUACAUAAAUGCAAUGAAUACAUACUUUUCAGGACCAACUCCGGUCGGAUCUCUCAAGAUUUCCCAGGAAACAAUUAAUUUAUUCUCAAAACAGCCAAAAGUAGAUGUUCCUGAUACUCUAAAUGAGAUAUAUGAACUAUUUAGAGAUAGAAAAGUACAUUCUGCUUCAUUUAUGUACAAAGAUUUUCUAAAUAAGUCAAUUAAUCUCGUUAAAACCGAUAAUUCUUUCACAAAUUACAAAGAAUUCUCUAAUCUACUGUUAGAAUUACUUGGUUAUGUUUGUUUUGAUCGCGUAUCGAUGUGGGAAAUUAAUUCAUAUCAAUUUUUAGAAUUUUUGUCCACAGAAAGGUCAGCAAUCUACAAAUCUGAUGAUGGCGGACUAUGGGAGAUAUCUUAUAAGCCAUAUGAAUCUUGUUUGACCAUAUUUGGCAAAGUAAUAAAUUAUUUACAACCAAUGACAGAAGAAGAAAAGAGAAAAAUCAUUGGCAGCAAGAUUUGGAGCACUCUUAGAUACGAAAACGUCGAAGACAUGCAAAAUGGUUUACAAAGAUUCAUUCAAGCUUUGGUUGAUGCAAAACCGUUGUCACUUUUUGUAAAUAACAAAUUGAUUUACAAUGUUUUUACGACAUACAUGGUAGAUGUAUUAAUGGACCAAUCUAAAUCACCUCUUGAAAUGGAAACAACAAGAAUUAACUUUAAUUUACAAAAAGAGUCAAAAAGUGACAUGACAGAAAUUACAAAUGUCACUUUUUACGAAAAAAUAAAUCCAAAUUUACAAAAUUUAUUGGAUUUAUUAAAAAUAAUAAAUGAAAAGGAGAAAAUUCAACAAAAUGAAAAAGUUGAAGAAUUUGUUCGAAAAGUAGAAAAUCAAAUGAAAUUUGUUGGUCAUACAAUACCGAAAUUUAACAGUUCUAUCAACAUUGUUUAUAAUUAUUCAUUUUUGUUUCCGUUGAAUUUAAGAUUAUUAGUAUUAAGAUUAAUUUUGAAUCAACCAUUUGACAAAUUAGUUUCGUUUAAUAACUAUUACAAAAUGACUGAUAACCAGAAUAUUUUUGUCCUUGAUUCCGCUUUGAAAAUGGUUUUUGAAAGAAAUAAUUUAUUUCAAAAAGUCAAAGAAAUAAGUUUUUUGUUUGAAAAUCCUCUUCCUAUUGAUAUACAGUUCGAAGGAGAACAAGGAUCGGGAAGAGGACCGACAAAAGAGUUCUUCCAAGUGUUCUUCAAAGAAAUUGCACUUUCAAAACAAUUUAGAAUGAUAAAAAGCGGUUAUUUCCCGUCACCUUUUUCUGAUAGUGAUGAAUUUUAUUUGAUUGGAGUUUUUUCGGCGAAAAUGAUUCUUAUGGAUUCGAUUUGCGGUUUGACAUUGUCAAAAUUCUUCUUGAAAAUGGUUUUUGAUGAAAACGUGACAAUUUCUGACACUGAUUCUGACAUUUUAGAAAAUUUGUCUAACAAAGAUUAUUAUUUAGGUCUUGAUGUUCCUUAUUGUUUCCCGGGAAUUAUGGACGCUAAAUUGAAUGAGAAAUAUGAAAUUAUUACUUCAGAAAACAUAGAUGAUUAUGUAAAUGAUGUUAAAUCACAUAUUUUGUCACAGAAUGUUUUGGAUUCUGUUCAAAAAUUCAAAGAAGGAUUUUGCAAAGUUUUCGACAUCCAAAUCAUGAAAAAUUUGUUUUCUGCUGAAGAAUUUUCAGAUAUUUUAUGUGGAGAAGAAACACAACAAAUCACUACAGACAAAUUGAAUCAAUAUUGUAUUGUUGAACUUGGAUAUUCCAAAGAAUCAAAUCAGUUCAAAUGGCUUUGUGAAUUUGUUGAAAGCUUGAAAGAAAAAACUAAAUUAUUUGUUAAAUUUGUUACAGGGAAUGAUUUACUUCCUAUUGGAGGUAUUUCUGCAUUAAAUCCGCAGAUCAGAGUCAUCAAAAUGGAUGAAGAUAUUCCAGAUAAAUACUUCCCAAGUGCUUCAACAUGUUCUAACUUGUUGAAGAUUCCAGAAUACUCUUCAAAAGAAGUUUUCUUUGCGAAAAUGAUGGAUGCAUUAUAUAUGGGAAAUGAAAGAUUUGAUUUAGUAUAA